AACUUAUAAAAUUCGGGCUGGCAUAAUCUGAGAGUAGAUGGCUUAUAUAAAUCCUUUGAAUAUGUAUGCUUCUGAAGAAAGACAAAACUCGUUUAUGAAUAUUUUCAAUCAAUUGAAGGUGACAAUUCGCGGAAAUAGAUUCCUGUCGAACUGUCAGUAAUGUGAAUUUUCAAGUGACAGUUAUAUGAAAGUCGAACAGUUCUUAAAUACUUUAUCAUGAACCUAUUGUUUUUUCCAACAAAAUUCAAGUCAUGUCGGAUAACCGAGUCCAAAAACUUCUUUUCUCAGAGUACAGCGAGUUCGAAGAUAUGGUACUAAUCGAAAGCCCGUUUGCUCAAACCACCAAAGAUGGUACAGGUAUCCGUCAAGUACAUUUAGGUUUAACUCCAUCGAAAUUAGUCUUAGCCACAGAUGUUUUGCCACCAGUCGAAUAUGUCAAUUUCACAUAUUCUCCCUUAAUAGAUCCAGAGACUGAAACCUUCGAACUCAUCGCAAUCUAUCCAGUGGAAUGCGUCAAUCUCAGUGUAUAUAGAAGGAAGAAGACUCAGGCACUCAAGGCGAGGUUCUGUAACAAUCGAGUGUUGUACUUUGAACUUGGGGGAUUUGAGAAACGGGCAAUGUUCUGGAAUCUAUGGUGCGAAAGGGUGAGAUUUCUUUGUCCCGGAGAAAGUGGAUCUUCGCGUUCUGAAACUUCUGUAGGAACUUCCUCCACCGGUAGUACCCUGUACCUCCUGGAUAAAAAACUUGUAGCGGUGAAUGGUAUCAAACAACUUUGGUGUAAGUUCGGUCCCAAUUCAACUUACGACACGAAUUCAAUUGCUGAGACGAUUAACACGCAGGUGAAAAGCAGAAGUAAAUGGACUGAUAGACAUCUAUAUUUAGGGAAAAAUUAUGAAAACGGUGAUUACCAACCAGUCGUGAAAUCACCUGUAACUGAUGAUUUUGUAGUUAAACUUACCCCUGAGAAAUCAAAAAUUGCCCUGAGGAAAAAAUAUCCUGAAAUUAUUACGUACAUGGAAGAAAAAGAUCUUAGCAUUGGAGACACCGUUCAGGUCAACCGAUUUGGAUACGGUAUAAAUGAAGGUUGCCAUACAGGACUCUUCCUAACAGUAGAGGACUAUGCUGUUCCACACAGAUACACCCCGAUGGUACAUGAUUUAUCCCCAACUGAGAGUAUAUCAGCAAUAGUAAACUAUGAACAACUAGCUGAAUCGGCGUUAUUAGUAUGGGAAUUUUACAAAGUUGCGGAUCCUGAUAAGUACAAAAUAAAACAUAGGAGAAGGUACGGCCUAGCCACGAAACCUUUGUUUUUGUACGGGUUUGGAGAGUGGGCCCUUUCGAAGGGGGCGAAGUACUCUCUUCAUCUGAAGAGAGCAGUAUCCGAGGUUACUCUGAGUUCAAGGUUCAAAGAAUUGGAACUGGGAUAUGCUUCAUCCAAAAAACAAUUGACAGCAUCACUAUCGCAGCAAGAGUUGGACACGAAUAGUAUCCAAUCACCAAAGUCUCCCGCCAUUCUUUUUUGGACUCCGGGGUACAGGUACAGGCCCAGAACGAGAAAAGAAUUAUAUGAAGAGCGUACGAAACAACUGAAAAAAAUUACGGAGUAUCACGAAACCUUCACUAAACGAAAGAGAAAAAAACGUAGAAGAAAAUUCUUUAAAAAGUUCUACCAUAGUCAUAACAAGGAUACUAAAGACACAGAUGAGGAUUCUAUCGAUGAACCUUUCCGUAAGAAAAGCAGAAAAAAGAAACACAGUUUCAUCUACAAUAUGUUUAGUAGCAAAAUCGAUGAUAUUACAGAUAUAGAACGCAAACGAAAGCCUCAGGAAACUGCUCAUCAAUGUCUCAAGCGUAUACUGAUCGUUGACAGGAGUUUGACUGCAUGGGAUUUUGAUUCCACUAAUUUGGCAGAACAACUUACUAUGAUAGACAGAGACCUGUUUCUGAAAAUACAACCUUCGGAGCUGAAUGUGUUGGUAUGGCAAGGGUCCUCAAUUAACGCUCCCAAUAUAACAGCCAUUUUGGAGUUUUCUCAAAGAAUCAGCUCUCUACUGGCAUCCGAAGUGCUCAAUAACGAUUCGGAGAAGUCUAGAGCUCGACUUGUUGCCAGAUGGAUAAACGUAGCCAAUAAAUGUCACAGAAUUUCCAAUUUCCAUUCCUGUAGAACAGUACUGUGCGGUCUACAGAGCCCUGCGAUAUACAGGCUGAAAAAAACUUGGGCCUAUAUUAGAAAAAAGCAUGCUAGUAAAUACCAAAAUUUCGAAUUUUUGUGCAGGUUGUACAGAGAUCCUAGAUUAGCCACUUACCAGAAGACUUUUUUCAUAUUAUCCCAGAGUUCUCCGUUCCUACCUUGUGUCGGUGAUGUCUUUAGUAGAUUACUUGGCAAAGUUCCCGAGUACAUAACAUCAUCUUUAGGGCAAAACCUAUCAAGAACUUCAAGUAUUGAAACUACAAAAUCCUUCAGAACUAAAUCGACUGAGCUUAUUGAAAAUAUGAUCAAAUGCCCCACCAUAUUCAAUAAACUAUUGAAAGUUUUCACGCUGACUGAUUCCAAAUCCAAUCAACCAAAAGUGACAAUGAUUCGUGAAAGAUGCACACAACGACGAACCCCUCCUAAAUUUAAGGGGUUGUACGAAUACUACAAGCCAUUUGAUGAUUACGAGGACUCUAGGAUGAACAAUUUGAAGGCAACGAAGCUAUUUUUAGAAAAAUGCCAGUUAGGGGCUAUAAAUUAUAAUUUCGGCAUAAACGAAUUGGCUAAAAGUUAUCUUCUGAAAGCAAGAUACCAAGAGGAUAGGGAAAACUUUUUUAAUUCCCUUAGGAUAGAGUCAUCCCAUAAUUGUUACGAAUCAAAACAGUAAUAAAGUGUAUGAAAAAUAA